AUCUUCCUAUUGAGGGGCGGAUGUUGGAUCAUGGGAAGAAGAUGCCCAAGCAUGAGGGAGCGGCACUGCUGAUGACGUAUCUGGGUGUGUCCCAGCAUGAGGCUGAGAAGAUCUGCAACCAGGAGUACGGUGGGUACAUUAGCUACCCGAGGCUGAGGGACUUCUAUACCUCGUACCUUGGUAGGGCCAACGUAUUGGCGGGUACGGAGGAUCCUGAGGAGCUUGAGGAGCUGGCGAGGGUUAGGACAUACUGCGUCCGGUGUUACCUUCUGUACUUGGUCGGAUGCUUGUUGUUUGGCGAUAGAAGCAACAAGCGCAUCGAGCUGAUAUAUUUGACGACCAUGGCGGACGGCUACGCAGGGAUGCGUAAUUAUUCCUGGGGAGGUAUGACCCUCGCCUACCUAUACGGCAAGUUGGCGGAUGCAUGUAGGCCUAGACACAGAGCGCUUGGGGGGAGCGUGACACUGCUCACUGCAUGAUUUUUGGCGCAUUUUCCAGGAUUUUUCAGUGUUGAUCUCAACACUGACUACCUGGAAAACUAUCCGGUUGCAGCGAGGUGGAAGCUCCAGAAGGGUCAUGGGGAGGGGAUCACGUAUCGGUCACUGCUCGAUCGUAUACAGUUAGAUGAUGUAUGCUGGAGGCCGUACGAGGAGCAUAGAGAGAUCCAGGACUUCGAGGAGGUUUUCUGGUAUUCUGGAUGGUUUUGAGGG